AAGGGCAAAAACCCUACUUCCGCCCUGCCUCCCGGCUCCUCGCUAACUUUCCGGAUCGGCUCUCGGUCUUCCUGGUUCCGCGGACUUGGAGCCGCUCUCUUUGCGUGUUUUCUGUACCAAACGAUGACUUUAUCUGAUCUGGACGCGGAUGUUUCGCUUGUUUUCGUCCAAAAAAACGAGUUUUAAAGUCGGGAAUUAGCGGCUGAUCCGUCAGAUGUGAAGCGGACCUUCGGGGACUCCGUCCUCCGCUUCAGCCCGUGAGCCAAGCUGCCCAGCAUGGGACUCAAACUCGUCGUUUUUACGCUUUUUGCUGCUUUUCUCUCUCUACCGGAGGCGGCUGUGCCUCCACCGGAGCAGCAGCAGGAGUUGGAACCUCUGCGCUCCGUGUUGGACGACUUCGACGUGCUUCCCUUCUCCGGCCUGCAGACCCACUCCGUGCGGCGCCGGGACGUCCAGACGGAGUCGCACGUGGAGAAGCUGCUGAGCUUCAACGCCCUGCAGAGGAACUUCAGACUUUACCUGAGAACCAACAACGAGAUCUUCACGGAGGAUUUCAGGGCCGUGGUCCAGGACGAGGGCGGCCAGAGGCGGAGCUUCCCGGUCAACAGACACAACUACUUCACGGGACACGUCAUCGGGGAGGAAAACUCUCGUGUUCAGGCUCACAUAGACGACCGGGAGUUCUCGGCUCACAUCCUGACUGACGAGGCCGAGUACAACGUUGAGCCUCUGUGGCGGUUCACGGCGGCGCCCGCCGACGGCCGGCUCCUGGUGUACCGCUCAGAGGACAUCAGGAACAUCAGCAGGCUGCGGCGGCCCUCGGUCUGCGGAUACGUGGCGUCCGAAUCCUCCCAGCUCCUGCCUGAGGGCGUCAGAGCCGCCAUGACGGGCGGCCAUGGCGAGGAGGAAGAGUCCGCGCUCAGAGGGAAACGCCACGUCUACGACCACAAGAAGAACACGUGUCCCAUGCUGCUGGUCGCCGACUAUCGCUUCUACAAGCACAUGGGCCGAGGCGAGGAGAGCACCACCAUCAACUACCUGAUCGAGCUCAUCGACCGCGUGGACGACAUCUACAGGAACACGUCGUGGGACGAGGAGUUCAGCGGCUACGGCGUUCAGAUCCAGGAGAUCAUCAUCCAGAAGGACCCCACGGCGGUCGGACCCGGGGAAAGCCACUUCAACAUGGAGGGCAGCCCGGUGGAGGGCAAAGACGUCUGGGACGUCAAGAAGCUGCUGGAGCAGUUCAGCAUGGACAUCGCAGAGAACGCCUCCUCCGUCUGCCUGGCCCACCUCUUCACCUACCAGGACUUUGAUGAGGGCACGCUGGGCCUGGCCUACGUGGCGUCCAGCAAACCGGACUUCCCCGGAGGCCUCUGCUCCAAACCUUGUCCCUCAACAGCCAACAAACACGGAUCCAUCUACCUGAACACGGGCCUCACCAGCACCAAGAACUACGGGAAGACCAUCCUGACCAAGGAGGCGGACCUGGUGACGACCCACGAGCUGGGACACAACUUCGGGGCGGAGCACGACCCGGACAACGUGGCGUACUGCGCCCCGCCGGAGGACCAGGGAGGGAAGUACGUCAUGUACCCCAUCGCCGUCAGCGGGGACCACGUCAACAACAAGCUGUUCUCCAACUGCAGUAAGCGCUCCAUCGUGAACCGCCUGCGCUUCAGAGCCCCGUCCUGCUUCAGGGAGCGCAACGUCAACGUGUGCGGGAACUCCCGGGUGGAGCAGGGCGAGGAGUGCGACCCGGGCCUGCUGCGCUCCAACUCGGACCGCUGCUGCACCCAGGACUGCCGGCUGAAGGGCGACGCCCAGUGCAGCGACAGGAACAGCGCCUGCUGCAAGGACUGCCGGUUCCAGGUGAGAGGCGCCGUCUGCCAGGAGCCCAUCGACGCCACCUGUAAGGGCCACUCCUACUGCACAGGGAACAGCAGCGAGUGUCCUCCGCCGGGGAACGCCCCGGACAGAACCGUGUGUUUGGACAACGGAGAAUGCCGCGGCGGCGAGUGCGUCCCCUUCUGUCAGGUGGCGCUGCAGCUGGAGCCCUGCGCCUGCAACGAGACGAACUCGUCCUGUAAGGUGUGCUGUCGCCGCAGCAACGGGAUCUGCAGCCCCUUCGUCGACGACAAAGGCGACUUUGUGUUUCUGCGUAAAGGCAAACCGUGUACCGUGGGUUUCUGCGACGGAGCGGGGAAGUGCAUGAAGCAGGUGCAGGACGUGGUGGAGCGCCUCUGGGACUUCAUCGACAAACUCGACAUCAACACGUUCAGGAAGUUCCUGGCCGACAACAUCGUGGGCUCGGUGGUGGCGUUCUCGCUCCUGUUCUGGGUUCCGUUCAGCAUCCUGGUCCACUGCGUGGACAAGAAGAUGGACAGGCAGUACGAGCAGACCACCAAGUCGCUGUUCUUCUCCAGCAAUGCCGAGCUCUUGAGCAGCCUGGACUCUGCUUCUGUGCGCAUCUUCAAACCUCUGAACUUCGCUGCCGCCCCGGUGCGCCUGGCACCCGUCAGCCCGCAGCACCCCAGCUCCCCGCCGGUGUUCAGCGCCGGCCCCGCCGCCUCCUCCUCCUCCUCCUCCCCGCCGCCGCCGGAGGCCCCCCACAUGGCCACCAUCCUGGAGGAUCCCAGCCUGGACUCCUACCUGGGCGAGGAGGAGCUGCAGGAGGCGUUCGGGCGACCGGCCGGAGCCGACCCCCGCCGGUCGUUCGAGGACCUGACGGGGAGGAGCCCGAUGAGCCGCAGCGACAAAUCCAAGCUGUUCCGCCUGCAGAGGCAGCGUCAGAUCGACAGCAAGGAGACUCAGUGCUGAGACGCACCACCAGGGGACGCCGUUUCCCCUCAUCGUUCCUCUAAACUCCCCCCCCCUGAAGAUGACGCCUCAGAUAACGAGCCAAACGUCGUCCGUCUGCUUUAAGCGCCGCUCAGCAGCUGCUGGACAACGAGGGUCCCUGAACGCAUCACGCCUCAAACACGCGAUGAUGGAGGUGCUUAAUUAAUCCGUUUUAUUUUUGUUUUGACUAAUUCUUAAUAAGUUUCCGUUCAUUUUUCUGUGUUUCGUUCUACAGCGACUCAUUUUCCACCCCUUAAAGGUACAAACUGUUUAAAUUUGCACUCCAGCGUUAACACAAUCUGUUUCAUAUCUUUAACUUAUUUGGUGUGAAAACCCACAUUUUUCCUUGUUUGGACAGUAAUAACUUGAUAUUUAUAUUACAGAAUUAAAGCUUUAAAGUUUAAACCGGAAAUCGGAUCGGUUUAAAACUCCUCGCAGACAAUCAGGAGAAUACUUUAUAUCUUAAAUAUUUAUUAACUUUAAUUCUGAUGCUUUUAGGAGCUCUGAUAUAAUUUAAAAACAGUUUAAUGCUGAGCUGGCCGUGAAAGUCUGGAUAAAUACGGAAUCAAUUUGUGCUUCCUGCGUUUUUAAGUUUCUACGGGAAAGAAAUGUGACUUUCUAAGAUUAAAUGUUGGAAGAAAUUUAAAAAAAAAUCUUCUUAUUUUUAAUCUGACUCUAAAAAAAUUUAUCUUUGGAAGACGAGAACAACGGUACCGGCUCUGAUUUUAGAUUUUUUUCUGGAAACCAAACAGUUUUUCUCUCGUAUCUCACCGUUUCUGAGAGAAAUUAACAAUUAUAGCAACAAAACAAGAUCAUUAGGAUAAUAAAAGACAUAGGAAAAGAACAUUUUAGGACAAAAUGAGUUUAAAAUCUCAUUACUCACCCAGCAGGUCGGAGAAUAUGUGAAAAACAAGUGUCACCUUUUUAUUUUCUAAACAUAACAAAAACUGUUAAAAAAUAUAUAAAGAAAAAAGAUUUUCCAGCAAAACAAGCUUUUAUUUUCAUCUCAAGAUGACGGGAGACAGAUUUAAACGAGCCUGAGAUGUUGUACGGAAACCUGCCGCGAUAAAAUGACCUUAUGACAAUAAAACAAGAUUUACCUGAAAAUACCGAAUCUAGUUUGGAGAUCAUGAAUUAAAUCGCUUCAUUACAACAAUUCCAGGUUUCUGUAUCUGAAGAUGUUGCAGGAAUAAAACUGCUGUUGCAUAAAAACGAGCAGCAGAGGAUAAUAAAACGCAUCGUCUGGACGGGUCCCCGGUGUCAAACCUAGAAAAGAAACCGUUUUUAGACUCUGGCAGGAAGCUGGAGUACCCUGAGAGAACCCGUGUGUGCGCAGGGAGAACAUGCAAACUCCCAGGCUGGGAUUUGAACCCAGGACCUUCUUGCUGCGAGGCAACAGAGCCACCAGCUGCACCGCCUGAGAUCUCAGGUGGAAAUUUUUAACACUUUUGACACAAACACCAGAAAAACCAAAAUCGCUAUGUAACUAGAAUAUACUUAAAAUAUCUGGAAUUUGUUUAAAAUUACUUUAAAAAUUCUGCCAACAACCCUUUCCCUUCAAAAUAAGAGAGCCAGCAUGAAUAAAGCUUAAACUAUUCCAAAAUUAUUAUUUUUUUUUCCUAAUAAACUUGAAGUUUUUUCAGGGUUUUCGGGCAGUUUUGCAACAAAUUAUUCAGAUAAUGUGUUAUUUUGAUUAGAUUUAAAAUCCUCUGUGGGAUUAAAGCUAAAACUUGACUCAUCCGCUUUUUAUCUGAAAUGGGAGACGUUAGUAUUUUACUCUUUGGGAUAAUUUCAGAUAUUUUCAGCACGGGUCAUUAAAUGAAGCCACUGAACAGGUUUGGGUUGAAAACAAAACAAAAAAAAUCUCAUCUGGAAAUAUUUUAAACAUGGUUAAUAUUUUUAAAUAUCCUGAAAAUGUUUUAUAAACUGAGAUUUAUAAAAGUCCGGAUCGAAACCAAAGAUUUAAUCCAAACUUUGGGAGAAAACCAGCUUUCCUCAAGGCUCAUAUUUUUGUGUUUUAUUGUAUUAAACAGCUGUUCUAGUGUUAAAACCACUUCUGUCAGUAUUUUAUGUUUUUGUCAUUUUUUUUACAUGUUUGCCUUUGUCUAAAAGUCGUUUUUAAAGCUGCAGCUUUUACAUGAAAA